UCAACACCGCCAACUCAGGUUUUUCAACAACCCGCUCUCUACGCUACCGCUUCUUCUCUUUUUCUUUUUUCCUUGAACAAAACAAUGUACUGCUCGUGUUUUCCAUUACCAGGCUUGGCUUGCACUGCAGCGGAGAAGAAACGUCAGUGCCACAAUGGGAUUAGGAUUACUCAUUGCUCUAUGUUGUUCUUCUCUUCUUGUUAAAGGUGGGGGGUUACACUGUUUCUAGUGGAUUCUUACUUUCAAAGUGUGAGAUAAUGAUGGAAGGGCGACGACAUUCAGUUGAUAUUCCAAUUUCUAAGACUCUCGUGGCACUGAGGAGAGUUAGGUCAUUGCGGGAUCCGUCAACCAACCCUAUGAGCAAACUCUCUUCUUUGGUUGAUAAUGUGCACUGGGAAAACGGUUCUGGUAAUGACAUCUCCCUGCGGUUUUCGGAUGCUGCUCGGCCGGGUGAUUCGCAUGAUAAUGCUGCUUUCAGAUCAAGGAACUUUGGUUUUAAGGGACAAAGGGAGCACAAUGAUGCUGACUUUGUAUUGAAUUCUGGCAUAUUGAACUCAAGGUUGAAGCCUAGUGGGAUGUCAUGUCAGGAUGGUAAACAGGAUGGUGAACUAGUUUACUCUAAGCCUAAUCUCCAGUGCAUUUCAGGAAAUAAAUCACCAAGUGAAAGCUGUGGUAGCAACCAUGGGGGUAGAGAGUUGGACUUGGCUUGUGUUGUGCUUCCAAGUAAUAAUUUCAAGGAUGGGGGUUUAUGCUAUACAGCAACAGCUAGAUCAUCUCAAUUAGGGAAAAUAGAUUGCUGUAAGUCAGCCAAAAAGUCUCUGCGCAAGAAUCAAGUGAAGCCAUCAGAGGUAGUGGGUAGUAUUGCUAGCCAUGUAGGAAGUCCAUGCCCUUCUGGUUAUGAUGCUUUUUCUCCCCAUAGUACUUCAGUAGGCGUAAAUCAAGAUGUUGAUGUUUUAGAUCAUAAUGAUAAUGGAUGUGGAGUAAGCUGCUGUUGGUCAAAAUCACCAAGGUUUAGAGGAUCAAAUCUAUAUGGUGAGAUAGAAGACCGUCCCUUGAUAUCGCUGCGUGUUGAUGAGACAGAUCUUCAUGCACACAGAAGCAUGAGACACAAUGGUGGUGGGAUUAGUCCAAAUUUGGAAACUCCUAGAAGUUUAUCUAUGAAAUUUAGGCCAAAAUCUUUUUGUGAUUUGGUGGGACAAAAUGUGGUAGUAAGGUCUCUCUUGGGUGCCAUUUCCAGAGGGAGGGUAACAUCAUUUUAUCUCUUCCAUGGUCCACGUGGUACUGGCAAGACAUCGGCCUCUAGGAUUUUUGCUGCUGCACUGAAUUGCCUCUCUGUUGAGGAGCAAAGGCCAUGUGGCCUAUGCAGAGAAUGUGUUAUGUUCUUUUCAGGAAAAUGUAUAGAUGUUAAGGAAGUGGAUUCUGUGAGAAUCAAUAGACAAGACCAGGUUAAAUCCCUUAUUAAGAAUGCAAGCAUCCCUCCAGCUUCCUCACGUUUUAAGGUUUUCAUUAUUGAUGAGUGCCAGUUAUUGAAUGAGGAGACAUGGGCAAGCAUUUCAAGUAGCGUAGAGAACAUUUCUCAACAUGUUGUUUUUGUGAUGAUCACUCCUGAUUUGGAUAAGCUUCCUCGAAGUGCACUUUCCCGGGCUCAGAGGUAUCACUUUCCGAAGGUUAAAGAUGCUGACAUUGUAUUCAGAUUAGAAAAAAUUUGUGUCGAAGAAGGUCUGGAUUUUGAACAGGACGCUUUGGACUUUAUUGCUGCAAAAUCAUGUGGUUCUGUUAGGGAUGCAGAAAUGAUGCUUGAUCAGAUGAGUUUGCUUGGAAAAAAGAUCAAUAUUUCUUUAGCUUACGAACUUACUGGGAUCGUUUCUGAUGAUGAGUUGCUUGAUUUGUUGGAUCUGGCUUUGUCAUCUGACACUUCAAAUACAGUUAUAAGAGCUCGAGAGCUGUUGAGAUCAAGGAUAGAUCCUUUGCAACUUGUAUCACAGCUGGCAAAUCUCAUUAUGGACAUCCUUGCAGGGAAAUGUGAAAAUGGCGGUUCUGAAGUCAGAAGUAGAUUUUCUAGGAGAUACACAUCGGAAGCUGAUCUGCAGAAACUAAACAAUGCAUUGAAAAUACUUUCUGAAACUGAGAAGCAGUUAAGAAUUUCAAAGAAUCAAACAACAUGGUUCACCGUAGCUCUCCUACAGUUAAGCUCAGCAGAUUAUCCAUCUGUGGAUGCAAAUGAUAUCAAGUUGAGUCUGAGAGGUGCAUGCAAUGGAGGUCAAAGCUUGGAACAUUUUGCUACAGGCUUGUGUGCUAGCAAGUCAUACAAAUUAGGAGUGUCGGAGGAUCACCAAGGAACAUUGGAUUCCAUUUGGUAUAAAGCUACAGAGAUGUGUCAUUCGGGUUGGCUCAAAACUUUUCUCAGGAAGAAGGGGAAGUUGUCUUCACUUCAUGUUGACCGCAGUCUUGCUAUUGCCGAGUUGGAGUUCCACCAUCGCCACCAUGUAUCAAAGGCUGAGAAGUCAUGGAAAGUGAUCGCAAGCUCCUUGCAGUUCUUAUUAGGUUGCAACAUUGAGUUGAGGAUCACUUAUGCACCAUGUGCUUCUGAUUCUAAGUAUGCCAAGAUGAAGAGAUCAUCUUUAAGUAUCUUCGGUUGCUCACGCAGAAUUCGACAACAGAAGUCAUUAUCAUCCAAUGAACAAGGAAAUGAAUCAGAUUAUGCUGAUUACAACUCUGAAAAUCCCAUGAUGAAGGGUAGAAUCUCUACCUCUGAUUGUGGAAUGGAUGCUGUAACGGCUUUGAGGAGUUGCGAAGGGAAUUUGCUCAGCUCAGGAGAAAGAUUUCUGAAUAGAUCAUUUCAAGAGACUACGGGGACAUCAUGUGCUGGAGUGGAUUCCUCCAAGGAAGAGAGAUGCAAUUGUGCACAUCUAGAUCAAAAAAUUCUCGAUUCAGAUAACAAUUCUAUCUGUUUUCCGAAAUCUCUUUGGCUUCAAAAGAAGUUCCGUUCUUCAUAUUCAUCCAAGUUGGCUUUUCAGGGUGUUCAACAACAGAAUGAUUUUGUUUUAUCUGUUCCCAAGUGUACAUGUUCUGGGACAUAUACCCAUGCUAACGAACCCUAUUUUUUCCAGUAGUUGUAAGAGCUGUACCAAAGCCUCCUAGAGUAGGUUGACUUGUUAUGCAUUUUUUGUGCUACUGUUUGAAUGGUUAUAGUUGUUGAGAUUGCAGUUACAUAGAAUAGAACCUAGCACAGUUGGAUAGAAUGAAUGAACUAAAAAUUUACAUUCAUGUGCUUUGAUUCAGAAACGCAGAGGUUGAUUCCAAAUGUUGAAAAUUCUUAUGGUAUUCUCCAUGAAAUAAGUGGCAUGAAGUAGUAUGUAGAUAUCUAUCAGAUAUAUGCGGAUGAACUGUUGUUUGAUGUAACUUGUAAGGUGCUUUCUGCUAGGCUUUUAUGGGAAACAAGAAUUGUUUGCUGCCAUGGAU